GUUCCUACCGGUGAGAUUGUCGGAGGCAUUUCGAGGUUGAGCUAAGCUUUACUUCCGUUCUUCAUUGGCCGAGACAGUCUGCUCUUCAGAUACACUGAAUUGUUUGACCAGACAUCAUGACACUGUUUCACUUUGGGAACUGCUUUGCCCUGGCGUAUUUCCCUUACUUUAUAACAUACAAGUGCAGCGGCCUUUCAGAGUACAAUGCCUUCUGGAGAUGUGUCCAGGCUGGAGCAACCUACUUGUUUGUCCAACUCUGUAAGAUGCUGUUCCUAGCUACAUUUUUCCCCACAUGGGAAGGGGGAGCUGGAGUUUAUGACUUUGUAGGAGAAUUUAUGAAGGCAACAGUGGACCUGGCAGAUCUGUUGGGCCUCCAUCUUGUGAUGUCUCGUAAUGCUGGCAAAGGAGAGUACAAGAUCAUGGUGGCUGCCAUGGGCUGGGCAACAGCAGAACUUGUGAUGUCUAGGUGUCUUCCUCUGUGGGUGGGAGCCAGAGGGAUUGAGUUUGACUGGAAAUACAUCCAGAUGAGCUUUGACUCUAACAUUAGUUUGGUCCAUUAUAUUGCCAUGGCAGCAGUGGUGUGGAUGUUCACACGAUAUGACCUUCCUAAGAGCUUCAGGCUUCCUGUCACUGUGCUGCUGGCUCUCUGUGUCUACAAGGCCUUCUUAAUGGAGUUGUUUGUCCAUGUCUUCCUGUUGGGCAGCUGGACAGUGUUGUUGGUGAAAGCCGUGCUGACCGGUGCCAUCUCUCUCUGCUCACUGUUUCUCUUUGUCACGCUGGUCCACAGCAACUAAGUAAAACUCAGCAUCCUGGGAUAAGCCUUCAGCAGUCUCUCUGGUCCAGAUUCUUUUUGGUCUGGGGUUGUUAUAAAUCAGAAGCUGAUCCCUGACACCAUUUCAGACUUACCACCAUGUAACACCAAAGACUGAAAAGUGCUUGUUGACAUUGGUUCGUUGGAAUGGUCUGAUGUAUAAAACAGGCUACGAACAGGCAAGCUAACCAGUUCGUACAGACCCCUGAUGGAGAACAUGCACUCAGGGUGAAGGUUUGUUUGCUUUCAGUCUACCAGUAUGACCUGCAGGAUGAGCGAUGACAUCAGGAGACAAGAUUGGCUUAUCUAAGGUGAAUUUUUUUUAUCCGAAUGACCACAAAUGAAUUGUGACUUUAUAAAUAACAUCAUUCUUUCCUGUGUGUUGUCCAAUGAGCCAUUCUUAGAUUAAAUAGUGCAUUUAUAACAAACUGAUGAAAGUGACAGUUCCUUGUGUGGCCACAAAUUUAUACAUUUAUUUAUAUACAAGUAAAUAAUACAUAUAGUCAAAUCGGAACUGUAGCAAGAUUUUUCUAAUCAUUGUCAAAAUAUUAAAUAUUUAAAGUAACUCAAAAAAUGAAUUCAGCCCGCAGUAUAAAGAAAUUGAGGUCCACUCAACGUUGUAAUGAUGGCAUUUUCUUAAAUUGUACUGUAAUUGUAUGUUAUUUUGACAUUUAAUUAACAAACAUUUCUUCUUGUCUUAUCAUGCUCUAUGACUUUUGAUUCAUCAGACUAUGUAGUGUCAUGAAUGAUCAGAUGUUCCAUUUCAAUUAUUAAAGACGUGGUAUUAUGCUCAUUUUCAGCCACGGAGUGAUA